AUGUCGCUGUGGUCCGAUGAAUUUAUCGUCGGCGUCUCCUAUGUCGGGAUCGGGCUCGUCGGGUUUAUUUGUAACCUAGCUACAGUGGUAAUGAUCGGCACGAAUCGUGUCUAUCGACUAUCCGCCUAUACCAUUAUGGCCAACAUCGCCCUGGCCGAUAGUAUAAUGAUGCUAAUAGCAGGUGUUGCCUGUGGUUGCGCGCUGAUAUGGCCGGAAAACGAGCAGCUGGCCCCAACUCUAAUUCCGCAUGCAAAUUACACAAAUGCUACGUUGAUAACAUCACCAUUCCAACGGGAAACCAUUCGAACGUUGCUUUCUUUAUGUGAGAUUGCAGCUUGGAGCGCAGGAGUGAUUAGCUAUGCAUUACUAGGUAUGAACCGUUGCAUUGCCAUCUGCUACUACGGCACGAAAGCCCGGAUCUUGAAUCGAGUUUCCGUGGCCAUCAUCGCCUCCAUCUUCACCUGGGUCCUUGGCGGUUCUAUCGCAAUCCUCGGCAGCAUGCCCGAACCCCUAAUGGGGAUCCGUCGCGAAAUGUGGUCGUUCAGCUUCACCCAGCUCCAUGGCGAUCGAGCCCAGCUCUUCCUUCUCCUCAUGCUCGCCAUCAACGGAGCGGGCGUGGGAGCGCAGUGGGUGUGCUCGUCGUUGGUGAUGCUCCGCAUCAGACGCGUCAAGCAGAAGAUCUCGCGCAAUAAGAUCAACCAGAAUAGCGCGAAUCGCUUCAAGAAACAGGCGAGACUAACCUUCCAAUUCUUCUACCCAUCACUCCUCUGCACCAUCGCUUCUCUCGUCUAUUUCUGCAAACCAUACAUCGUUGACAAGUUGUGGCCCUGGCAAUUGGUCGCCUUACAUUUGAUCUGGCUUUGCAAUCACGCCUGCAAUCCAUUCAUCUAUGCGUACUUCAAUGAUCGGAUGAGGUUGACAUAUAGAGAAAUGAUGACCUGUGCACAACUACGGUAUCACUUGCGAAAGAAACGGAUAAGCCGUGGCUUCCGCCAUAACCCAAGGCAUAAUGUGUCCAGGCGUUCAAACGCACCUAAAUCGACCAGAAUGUCCGCUCGUUCUGGGAGAAGUCGUGAUGGGAACUUUGUGCGAAACAGCUUACAGCUUCAAUCCCGUGAUUUCGAGCAGCUUUGCGAGUUUAUAAUGAGGGUCAAUCCACUCUACGAUUCAUCUGAGGGCUGGCGCGAAAGCAGCGACGACGAUGAUUUUGCCCCGGAGAUAACAAAACCGCCAGAGUCGAUGAAUGGGGAUAGUAUUGAGAAUGUAUCAACACGGGAGACGAGAUCGAUUGUAUUGGGGCUCGGCAGGCAGACCGUUGAGCACUGGGUGCGGUUCGCCAAAAAAGCCUCUAUU